AUGGUGUUCGACAACCUCGGGGGCAGGAUCGCCUCACACCUGGCCAGGCACUGGAGCCGCUACCUCAUGUACGGGGCGACCACGGCCGUCGGCGUGGCUGCGGCGGCGCUCCUCCACCGGGUGCCUCCGACGAGAGGCCGGAAGGUGGUUGGCCACCUCGGCUUCAUCGCCGUUGCCGUCGCAAUCUGCAUGCUCGCGCCACACGACUACCAAGACGUCAUCUUCAGCCCGACUGGCGCAGCCGUCGCCGGCGUCUUCUUCCCUGUUCUCGAGUCAAUGCGCGCAGUCUGCUCGGUCACAGAAGAGGAUGACCGGAGAUGGCUGCAGUACUGGCUGGCUCAGGCGAGCUUCAUGGUGGCCACGAGCAACCUCGAGUGGCUCGUGCUGAACCUCUUCAAAUCGGAGGCGGUGCGCGACGUCUGGUUCCACAUGCAGGUCCUCUUUCUCCUGUGGCUGCAGCUGCCGUGGACCGACGGCUCGACGUUGCUCUACGACACCAUCACGAAGCCGUUCAUCCUGCCCCGCAUCAAGGGGAUCGCCGGACGGGUCUCAGACAGCUCGCUGAUCAACACCGCGUGGGCGUGGGUCAUCAACGGCUCGCACCUCUACGGGCUGUACUUUGUCUUUGUCCUCAUGCCCGGAGUGGUCGAGAAGUUCAUCGUCGACAUGGUGGGCACGGCAUACCCGCUGCUUGCCAGCACGGUGGCGGUCACGACCGAGGACGACCCCGAGGACGACACGCAGUGGCUCGUGUACUGGUGCGUCUUCUCUCUCUUUCACGUCUUCGCCUCCAUCGUUGACGACGCACUCGACUGGAUCCCCGGCUUCCAUUCGGUGACGCUGAUCGUCUGGCUGAUGCUGCCCUUCACCAAGGGCGCGGACCGCGUCUUUCGGCAGAUCCUGGUGCCUCUCUUCAACAUGCGCGCCGACCUGAUCAAGAAGGACGCCGCGCUCCUCGUGAAAGACCUCUCGACGAAGCUCCCCGAGGCAAAGCGCGCAUCCGUCUCGAGCGAGAUCGCCGCGAUGUUUGGCGCCGCGCAACCUCAAUCUGCGAGAAGCAAAAGCCCCGCAACGACAAAGCCGGGCAAGUCCGAGUGA